AUGAUUCAAAACACUAAAUUAUCUAAAAAUUCAUCCAAGUCAAAUUCAUUGUUUUUAUUCGAUACAUUUCAUCAAUAUACUUCAUCUGCAGAAAUGAAACUUGAUUUAUCGCUUUCCCCUACUUACAAAAGUUCUCAGGAUUCCGAAGAUACUACUUUUAAUGCUUUGAAUGUGGAUACAACUCCAAAAACUUUUAUAUCUUCAAGAAAUCAAUUAUCGCCACUUGAUUCAUCUUCGAAUUGUCAAUCAAAAGUGUACCCAAUUUCUCCAAAAGUUCAACCGCAAAUAUUUUCAACAUCCCCCAAUAAUAACAAUGAUAAAACAUUAUUAAAUUCUUUUAAAGAUGAUAAUUUAAAUUCGCUAGUGUCGUCAAUGUCACCAAUGUCUACGAUUUCAAUACCAAAAAUGAAGCAUAAAACAUCUUAUAGUGAUACCAGUAGUAUAACUUUAAUAGAACACACCAAUGAUCCCAAUAUUUUUUGCGAAAAUCCGGAGACCCAAAUAAUUUCUUACUGUGCAAAUUCGCAAAAUAAUACAAAUCAUUUACAAAAACAUUCAUUAAUACCCGAAAGCGUUGAUUAUACAACUCCAUUUAUUUUUCCAUCUGGUGGAUUAGCAGGUCCCUCAAUAUUAAUAUUUGAAGAAAACCCUAUAUUAAAAUUAUCAUUAAAAUCAGAAGAUCCAAUGAUAAAUUAUUUAUCUAAAGCAUUGAUGGAAGCAAUUGAUCAAUCAUUGGAAAACGACAAUGAUUGGGUGACAAGAAGAAUGGAAUGGAUAGAAACAAUUAAAUUAGAAAAAAAGAAACUAGAAAAGCACAAAAAGGAUAAAAUAACAUUAAAGAAACAAAUUGAAUUGUUAAAAUUAGCCAUUGAAAAGAUUAAACGGGAAAAUUUGAUACUACAAAAAGAGUUGGAAAAUGCACAAAUUAAAAUGGAGAUACUUGAAAAAGAGAAAAUCCGAAAUGAAGAACAAUGGAAUAGUAUUGUCACAGCGUCAAUAGCAACAUUGGUUAGCAUCGGAAUAGUUGCUGCACCAGUAAUAAGAAAAUUGUAUUUUAAAUAA